AUGAAGGGUUUAGUUAUCUCAGUUAUUGUGGCGGUUACCAUGGUGCAAUUCAUGGCGGAGCCAGGAGAAACGGCCGUCGUAAGUUGUGACGAAGUGGAUGAAUGUUUAGUUUACUGUGUUCCUUACCUGACCUCAAGGACAGGUUAUCCCUCGGCUCUCUGCUGUGUCGGGCUGGCGAAACUCAAGAAAAUCGCCGUCACCACCGCCGAGAAGCAAACAGCCUGUAGCUGUAUCAAAGAGGCCGCUGCUGGAUUCCCCAGUAUUAAGGAAGGUGUGGCCUCGUCUCUUCCUAAUAAGUGCAAUGUUCAAUUUAAUUACCCAAUCUCUAAGAACACCAACUGCCACGAGUAA